UGGAACUUUGGUCUCAGCACUCACCCCCACCAGUGGACUCUAAUUCCGGAGCGAAUAGUAAUCAAGGGUAUCAACCGAACUGCUGGUAGGCUAACUUCAAGGCCAUUCAACACGAAGUUGAUUUUAUUGCACCGGUGUAACUGGCCGCCAAUUGUGAAUCUGCACAUCGCUACCACUUCGUUCGUUGCGCCUGAUGGCUUUGCCAAAAUUGAAGUUGACUUAUUUCAAACUGCGCGGACUCGGUGAGCCAAUCCGCUUGAUCUUGCUUGCGGCGAAUGUGGACUUUGAGGACAACCGUAUUGACUUCACUGAAUGGGAAACAUUGAAGUCCACUGUUCCUGGAGGCAAACUGCCCAUAUUGGAAUGCACCAAAAGCGGAAAGACCACGGUGUAUACAGAAAGUCUGGCUAUUGCGCGAAUGUUAGCUAGAAAACACAACAUGAUGGGUAACACAGAUGAAGAGUACUAUGAGAUAGAGCGUGUGAUUGGACAGUGCGUCGAUAUCAAUCGGGAGAUGUUGUCUGUGUACAGAGCGUCUGGAGAGGAAAAAGUGAAAAUACUCCAGGCCUUUAGAGAAGAGUCGGGCCCUCGGCUAUUGACAUUAAUCUGCGAGCAACUGGAUUCCUCCUCGAGCGGCCUCGUUGCGGGAAGCACACCAUCCUUGGGUGACCUGGUCAUCAUUUGUUGUACCGAUCAGGUGGAGGUGGUCCUGCCUGGGUUCAUUGGUGAGAAAUUUCCGACCAUUCAGAAGCAUCGGGCGCUAGUUCUGAAACAUUGUCCGAGAUUGGCGGAAUAUCUGAAUACUCGAGAAUCCUAUCCCAUUUGAUUUCACUUGAAUUCACAUAAUGGAACUGCCUUUCUGUGGGAUUUCGAUAAUUUCCCCCUUAUUCUUGGUGGUGUCACCUCUGAUCUUGCAAUAAAUUAUAAUGUAUGACAAAC